CAGUGCUGCCAGACUGCCGGAGCGUUAGCAACAGAAAUAACGAAAAUUCAUUUAAUAUUUCUUUAGCCACUUGACAGGGCAACCAGCAUGAGUGCACAGGAAAAGGCCUUCGAACUGCAGCGCCAGGUGCGCCAGAACGCUCGGGAGUACGAGAGCUCCGUGAAGGACUUGUACUCCUGGGAGCAAGACAUCAAAAACAAGGAGAAAGAACUCCAAAAGGCGCCGCAUUCUGCCGCCAAUAAGGAUCUGCCAGUGCGCAGUCAUAUCAAGUCAGAGAAGUCAUCCUCGGCGGCCAGUUCACCCACGGAGAAACAGGACUUACCAGUGGAUCCUGUGGCCCAGCAGCACAAGAAGGCCAACGAUAUAAAGGAUCGUGGAAACACCUAUGUCAAGCAGGCGGAGUACGAAAAGGCCAUCGUGGCUUACUCCACUGCCAUUGCCGUCUAUCCGCACGACCCCAUAUACCACAUAAACAGGGCCCUGUGCAACCUAAAGCAGGAGCGCUUUGAGCUUUGCGUGGAGGACUGCGAGGCCGCCAUUGCGCUGGACAAGCUGUGCGUGAAGGCUUACUACCGGCGAAUGCAGGCCAACGAGUCGCUGGGCAACAACAUGGAAGCCCUGAAGGAUUGCACCACUGUGCUGGCCAUCGAGCCCAAGAACAUCGAGGCCAAAAAAAGCCUGGCCAGGAUCAACGAACGUCUGCGCAAGAUUGCCACCAAAAGUGGGCCAAACUUUACGCCCGCUCGUCCUGGUAUGAUUGACAUCUUGCCAAUCGAAAAGCCUGUUUAUAAGCGCUCAAAGAAGGCAAUGCGCCGUGUACCCGUUGUAGACGUGGUAUCUCCUCGUGGUACCAGCGAUGAUAACAACAAACUACGCAUUUCGGAUGAGGAUAUAGACAAGAUAUUUAAUAGUAAUUGCGGCGCAAUUGAGGAGGUGAAAAGAACAAACCCACAGCCAACGCCAGACAGACCAAGUCCAGCCAAAGCUGAGGCCAUUGCUGAGACUUCCAAAGAAGCUAAAAUUACCAAGCAGUCUGCGGUCAAAGUAGCUCCAGUUGUUAAAGCCCCCAAAGAGACGCUGAAGAAUACCAAGAUUGUGCCCGAAUCCGACAACGAGACUAAGCCAAGUUCCCCCAAAAAGGCGGCUGUCGAGGUGUCCAAGGUUCAGACUGAAGUUUCUCCGCCAAAGACCACAAAACAACACAGCCCAGAAGUCAAGGCGCCAAAAGUCAUUACCAUGCAAGCUGAAAAAAUCGAACAAACAUCAAGCAACAACGCAGUGUCACCCAGUCCAAUAGAGCGUUCCUUACCGCCUGCACCCACGGGCACUGCACAGUUCCAUGUGACCUGGAAGGAGCUGAGCGGACCUCAGAAAUACCAAUACCUAAAGUCCAUUAAAGUGCCGAGUCUGUGUAAGAUCCUGGGAGCAGGCUUCGAUUCGGACACGUUUGCGGACCUGCUGCGCACCAUUCACGACUACUAUAUACCAAAUAAGGAGCCAACCACGGCGGCUGUCCUGCUGGAGAUCAGCAAAAAUGACGAGUUCACCAUUUUGGCCAUGCUCAUGUCCGCAGAGGAGAAGAAAAUGGUUUCGUCCAUCUUCAACGCCAUCAGGAACUGGCCGAACAAGAAUCCAGCUGUGCUCGACAACCUUUUAAAGGAAUACGGAGUAUCCUAAACCCUGGAAUGUUUCAAGUUUAAAUGUACUUAUGUUGCUUCAAAUUGUUAGCUCGAAAACCACACUAAAAUACAACGUGGAUGUGUAGAUAGGAUCCCAAAACGUUACGCAGAAUGGGAAAUUUAUUAUUUCGACGGUUAUAAUAUACGCUAAGAUAAGCACUAGCACACUCGCUGGGCAUUUCUCAGUGUGACUCAUGUUUUAGCCUAGUAUAAGCCGAAAAUGCAAUGUGCAGAAGACCAUUUGAGCAAACAAGCCGUUCUUGCCCGACCAGACCAUGAAUAUUGAAUAACCAAUUGAGUAAUACGAAUUAGUGUAAUUUACAUAAAUCAGCGCAUUAAUUCAAUCUGCGAAGCCACCUAAAAUGGGACUUCCAGCAAGAACAACAACUCCAUUAAGCGACGUUAAGUUGGAAGCGCUGAUCAGUCGGUUUAUCCGAUCCGCGCACAUAUCAUUACAGCGACACCAGUCGCAGGAGCACCAGAAGGGGCCCCCAAAGCCGGAGGGGGAAAUCUCGACGAGAACCGCGCAUCGAGUCACCCGGGCGGCCCACUAAUUGCGUGA